AGCAAUAAACCGAGUCUAUAAAUUAAACUGGUACACAUGUAGUUAAAAUAAAAUGCAGUGUAAAACCGUGCGGGGUGAACCGUGAUGAAGUAUUUAUUUCACUUGUGCCAACUACUGGGGUGGAGAAUUCAUCGAAUUUAUUCCUUCACCUGCAGUUAUUCUUGCUUCGAAAUGCACGCCAAAUAGUGAUCACUGUCAUUUUUCAUAUUUUUUUCUCAGCCUACAUCUCUCUCUCCCUCUAUCUCUAUCUCUCUAUACUUAUACAUUUUCCUCUCGAGGGGUGCCGGGUAAUGUUGUGAUUGUCGCGAAGGGUGGAACCCCCAAGGGUGUUGUUCUGUUAUUGUGCAUCGCUCGGUCAGUGAUAUGGACCACGGCUGAUUACACUUCCACAAAUGUCCACAGACGGAUAUCCAGAUGAUCAUGCCAGGUAGAAGCUGAUGAACCGGAAACCAGCAAUGAUGUGACAAUAAAAAAUAUAUCUUCUUCUACACUUCGAUCCGGGGAUAUUCUUGGAUCCCUGGAAUUGUGCUUCCUAUAUAACUUAAAAGGGCAAAGAGAGAAAACUAAAGCUAGAAAGAGGGAAUUAACAGAAAGAAAGAGAAAAAAAAAGAAACCGAGAGUGGUGAUAAAACUGGUGCCAAAUUAAUAAGAAGAAACAGAGAACAAAACCGAUAACCGAAAGAACAACAGUGUGUCAAAAUAAAAUUCCAAUUUGUAAAGGAUUAUAAUCGUUGAUAAGAGAAAGUAAUAAACACAAUCUGAGCGAAACGACCUAAUUCGGUGCAAGAAAGACGAAUCGAAAAGGGUGGGGGAGAAGUAAGGGGUAAAGGAAAGUAUAAGGUGAUAAAAUGGGCAACAAGCUAUCGUGCAGUUGCGCGCCCUUAAUAAGGAAGGCUUACCGGUACGAGGACUCCCCGUGGCAGGCUGGAGCCAGGGGUGGAGUUGGCACCGGGGGAGGACGAAGGGCGGACACUGGUCACUUGCUCAGGUGCGGAAGCUUAAGAGAGAGGAAGAGGCUCUGGGCAGAGGUAUUCCACGUCAGUGCAAGCGGUGCCGGCACUGUCAAGUGGCAGCAGGUCUCUGAGGAUCUCGUUCCCGUCAACAUCACCUGUGUCCAGGACUCUCCUGAGUGCAUUUUUCAUAUCACUGCUUACAACAGCCAAGUCGACAAGAUCCUUGAUGUGCGGCUCGUUCAGCCAGGUACCAGGAUCGGCCAGGCGUCCGAAUGCUUCGUUUACUGGAAGGAUACCAUGACCAACGAUACUUGGGGUCUGAAUUUCACUUCACCAAUAGAUGCCAAACAAUUCAGAGAGUGCUGCUCACCUUCUUUCAAAUUCUCGAGAAAAGCUUCAUCCUCGUAUUCGCUGAAACUAGAACCACCGAACAAGCAGAAAAUAAAAACCCGAAGAAAGCCCCUCUCCACACCUGCGUCUCCAAGCCGCUCACGAGAACCACAAUGCACCUGCAUGACGCCGGAACAGUUCGCCAGACUCAGAACCCAGGAUCCGAGAUACAGAAACAUCUGUGGGGCGUCCACGUUGCCGAGAACCUUAGGGAGGUCAACAGAGAUGGAAAUGAUCCAAGGACGAGGAGACAAAAUAGCGGCAGCGACGUCGAGUGCGUCGCUCUACGACAACGUGAAUAACUCUAAUAGCACGCCAGGCAAGACACCGAAGUCCGGGGACUCGAUCAAGCUGAAGGAGAAGCAGCAGCAUAACGAAACCUGUCAAACGACACCGAAGACAGCGAACGUUGCCACGGGAACGGCUAACGUUGGAUCUCAGAUCGGAAGUCCCGAGGAGAAGUGUUCCACGGUAUCACCGAAGAAGGCGGCCAAACAGAGCCAGGAGACGUCGACGCAGCCGAAUGAGACUGAGCGAGAAACUCUCAAGUCCGAGGGAACUCAGGCGGGUGGUACUCUUCAGAACAAGUCAAUGCGCAAGGAGCAGCUACAUCACACGAAGUCAGCCGAUUAUACUGAGCUUGAGAUGCACAAUGGUAACAUGUUCAACAAUGUCAACAACAACAAUCAUGGCUCCCGACACUCCAAGAGCAAAAGCACCGACGACAUGCGGAUCGAAAAUGCUCACAACGGUGGCAUCAGCCUCGAUUCGAACACCCUGAAGAGAAUGCUCAAACCGAUGUCCAGCAUCGACAGCCCUGUAACCUCCCCCGAGAUGACCAGGAAGAGGCACAACCAUCACAGUUAUCAUUAUCAUCCUAAUAACAACAACCAAAAGUACUCAAUGUCCGAAGCUGAGAAUGAGAACUACGCGAAUCCAUACAGGAGCUCUCACAAUAACAAGUUUCAAGGAUCUAGGAGUUCACAUGAUAUGUGCAGGCAGUAUACUGGCGGCAGAGAGAGGAUGUACUUAGAUUUGGAACAUAAUCGGUACGCAGGUGACAUGUCGCCGCCCUCGGACAAUGUCAUAUUUGACAACCAGUGCUACGCGACCACACCAAGUUCGUCAAAUGGCAAUUCUGACAUGGAACAGCAGCCGAAUCACUGCAACUCGAGGCAACGCAACGGGGGUCAAACAUAUCAGCAGCAGAACAUGACUUCAGUAUCAACGCCGGGGAGUCCGACUAGCCGAUUACUCUUGGAGUACGAAAUGCACCUAAGGAACACUCUCGCCAAGGGAAUGGACGCCGAGAGCUACAGCCUCCACACCUUCGAGGCCCUCCUCACCCAGAGCAUGGAAAAUUUAGAAUUCGCUGAAAAUAUACCGCUCAACGUUCAACGCACACCGCACAUUUCCAGGAGACGAUCGAACUCGAACAAGUCUUCUACCCUGCCUCUGUCCUACCGAUACUGCAACGAGCGUCAGAACAGCAAAGACCGCGAUGGAUAUUAUAGUGACAGGAACGAGAUUAUAAGAGAAAAAAGAGAACGAGAUGCUGACAGAGACCGAGGCUAUCUCAGCGAUUAUAAUUCAAGAUGCUCUACCUGCAUUGAUGAGUCAGCACGGGCUCACUGGUUCCGUCAUUCGGAUGGUUGGCAAUCGGGAAGUUCAACUUUGGGUUCCGCAGCCUCGAACUCGGGGAAUCCGUCGUACACAGGACACAAAAGAUCACCGUGGGAUUCAUUGCCAUCACUGAGACACGAGGGAAGCCUAAAUGAUAGCGGGUACAAAUCUAACAGGACUGAUUCCAUGGAGCAGAGGGGGACCUUUGACAGGCAAGACAGCGUAAGGUCGGACUACAUGUCGGAUAGGGACGGAAGAUACGGAGGCAUCGUUCAGCAGGCAUCCGUUGAGAGCACCGAUUCAAGACUGUGUUACCUCACGUCAUCUGAGAUGUCCGACGACGACCGGAUGUCACUGACAACAGCAGUGAGCGACGAUGACGAUGGUGAAAGUGUGAUAAACUCACCAUACCGAGGCAAGCAGACGGGCACAGCUGCAGCGUCUUUUAAUUGCACCGGUGCUGUCCGAAAGGCGGGGUUUCUCAGCGUCAAAAAAUGGCUGCUGCGCAAAAAGCACCAGAUCGAACUGGCCAGAAAACGUGGCUGGAAGGGAUACUGGGUUUGUCUUAAGGGUACGACCCUUCUUUUCUACCCGUGCGACUCCCAUGAAAGCAGGUCCGUCGAGGCGGCACCGAAGCAUCUGAUCAUCGUCGACGGUGCCAUAAUGCAACCGAUUCCAGAACACCCGAAGAGGGACUACAUCUUCUGUCUGAGCACAGCAUUUGGCGACGCUUAUCUGUUCCAGGCUCCGUGUCAAGUGGAGUUGGAAAACUGGGUGAACAGUAUUCACUCGGCGUGUGCAGCGGCAUUCGCGCGUCAUCGCGGAAAGACUGGAACACUUCAUCUUCUUCAGGAAGAGAUAUUCCGGCUGGAGAAGGCGAUCGAAUCGGAUCACAAGUUAAAACACAUGGCGGAUUUACAGCAAUCCGUGGUUUCCGACGCCGAGACGAAGCAGCAAAUAAACAACCAGAUCGUACAGUGGGAGGAGAACCUGGAACGUCUUCAUUGCGAACAGUUUCGGCUGAGGUGCUACAUGGCGAGCUUGCAGAGCGGGGAGUUGCCAAAUCCGAAGAGUCUCCUGACGCACGUAUCCCGGGCAACUAAGCAGACCCUCAACAAGCUGGGAGUGUUCACCGUCUCUUCGUUUCACGCGUUUAUUUGUGCCCGAAGUCCAUCGCUCUUGAAUAAUUUACUCGCUGGUCGCGGGGCGACAAAGAGAAGGCCACCAUUACUGUCCAGAUCUAACAGUGGCUCGAGCAAACGAUCCUUGCAGAUAUCUUCGAGGGAUGAGGAAAAGACCGUCAAGGUUUUGGUGCCGGAGAACCAGCUGGUCUCGGUUUUCCUGCGCGACGCCAUGUCGGUCGAAGAAUUUCUCGCCAGUGCUUGCAGCCGCAAGAGUUUGAACCCCAUGGAGCACUUUGUCCGAGUGAAGAAACGGCGCGACAUGGAAGAUCACAACUACUUCGUACCGCACAGAACUGAUCUGAUAGAGACUUACCUUCACACACACGAGAUCGUUGAAGUGUGCGCCAAGAUUUUAUACCAAGUCGAGCUGCAGCGGAACACCUUGGACCAAAUGUGGGGUUUCUCCGUCGAGGCUGAACUGAUCGAAAAUUCCGACAGACAGGAUGAGCUCUGCUGUUAUGUCAGCCGGGUCGAAGACAAGAGUGUCGCUAUGCAGAACGGUAUAAUUAAAAGUGAUGAGAUAAUGGUGAUAAACGGGGCGAUCGUCAGUGACUUGGAUAUGAUGUACCUGGAGAGUGUUUUGCAAGAGGAAUUGGCCUUGUGCAUGAUGAUGCGCUCAUCGAGGACGGAACCUCCAGAUUUAUCGGGGAUCAUGCGUGUGACCGAUGACAUAAUUGAGAGUCUGGUCUGCCCGCCUCCGCCUUCAGAUCCACCAGUCAUCAGCGAAGAGAUGAUAACUGGCCUGAUUGUUCCUGCACCGGGAUGGAGCAAAGAAGGCAUGCUGCAGGAAUGCCCCUCCAUGUCUCACAUGGAGAACGGAAAACAGACGUCGAGGACGAAUUCAUUCGAGAUAGAAAAUCUGCUGAAAACAGCCGAGCAAGUCACCGGAUUUUGCCGAUCGCCUGGUGAGACCAGGAAGUCCAGUCCGACCGGAAGCGUAAUCAGCUCACAUUCUCAGGCACACACGCCUAGCAGGCAACUCAGCGAUGCUGAGAAACUAAAAAAAGUCAUAUUGGAAUUGAUAGAAACUGAACGGACUUAUGUAAAGAAUUUAAAUAAUUUGCUGGAAAAUUAUCUAGAACCCCUGAAACGUGAAACAUUUUUAUCGAAUGCAGAAAUAAAUGCGCUGUUUGGAAACAUACAAGAAAUCGUAACGUUUCAACGGCAAUUUUUGCAAAAUUUGGAUCACGCCAUCGAAAUGGAAUCGGAUUUCAACAAUUUCGAUCACCCGAGUCAAUUCAAGGGGGUCCUGUUUUCCAUCGGAAGUGCCUUUUUGUAUUAUGUAAACCACUUCAAAUUGUACAGUUCAUUUUGCGCUAGUCAUUCAAAGGCUCAGAAGGUUCUACAUCCCAACGAAGGCAAUCAAGCGCUGCAAGAAUUUCUAUCCGCGAGAAAUCCACGCCAACAACACUCGUCGACUCUUGAGUCUUACUUGAUCAAACCAAUCCAGAGAAUUCUCAAAUAUCCUCUCCUGCUUCAGCAGUUGAGAAACCUGACCGACGAGCACAGUGAGGAACACGAGCACCUGAUCGAGGCUCUCAAGGGAAUGGAAAAGGUAGCCGAACACAUUAACGAAAUGCAACGAAUUCACGAGGAGUACGGAGCGAUAUUCGAUCACCUAUUCAGACAGCAUCAAAAGUCUUGUAAACAACCAAUCGACCUGAGUCCGGGAGACCUCCUGUACUAUGGUGGUGUGGAGUGGCUCAACAUCUCGGACUUUUUGGGAAAGAUAAAAAAAGGUUUAGAGCUGCACGCGAUGUGCUUUGUGUUUAAAUCAGCGGUGGUAUUCCUUUGCAAGGAGAGGUUGAGGCAGAAGAAGAAGCUGAUGGGCGUAUCGACGAAGGCGAACUCCAGCGAGGUAGAAAUCAUUCGUUACCAGGUGCUCAUCCCUGUCACUGAAGUCCAGGUUCGAGCAAGCUCAGCGAAAGACAUGGAAUCACACUUCCUGUGGGAAUUGAUCCAUCUUAGAAGCCAACUUCAGCGACGCUCUGAGAAAGUUUACGUGUUGUCAAACAGCACGACUGACUUCCGCAACGCGUUCCUGAAGACAAUACGUCAGAUAAUCCGUGAGUCGGUGAGAAACAUGAGCAUUCCGUCGACGAAGCAGAACAUGUCACAACCGUCGAUAUCGAUAUCACCUCGUAUGUCAACCGGCCACGUUGAGAAGUUCGAGAAGCCGGUGAGCCAGGGUCAAGUUCAAAAUGGGAACAACACCGUCUCGAAGAAGAGUGCAAAGCAGCAGAUGCUGGCCAACCAGCACAACGUCAAGCGGAAGUACAGCCAGUCGAAGCACACCAUUGACCACGAAAGCUCGGAGGACAAGGAGUUCGAGGAGGCGUCCACGAACCCAACGACAUUCCGAUCGAGGAGCAAAACCAUCAGCGACAGCUCGGGAGUAGCGGGGACUGUCUUGAUUGCAGGUGAAGUUAAGGUGGACAUGGAUUCCGGAACAAAGUCAGAGGGGGAAGAAGACUCCCAGGCUUUCGUAGGGGAGAAGAAAACAACCUUAGGUCGAACCCCGAACCACUUGACUUUGAGCACAACGUCGACAAUUUCGGCAGGUAGCACCGGCAGUCAAGCAAGACUGAUUCAGUCCUCUCACCAGCCCGAGAACUACCAGCCAAUUACCGUCAAGGAACUCGGUUCGCCGAUAUGGAAGCCGAGAGAGCUGCCGUCGAUGGGCGAAGCCACCACUUUGCCACGGAAGGGUAAGUCGGCUGGAGAGUUCGCGGAAAUCUCCUCCGCUCACAGCGCGUCCCGAAAAUCUUUAGUAGAAAUCAAUAAUUGUGCUCAACAAUCUAACUUUAAUAAUCACGUUUAAGUUAUAUACACAAUUAAAAUUACGUAUAUAUUAUAUUAUACAUUAUAAAUUAUAUAUUAUACAUACAUGAUGCAUACGUAUAAU